AUGUCUCCCAUCCAGCAGCUUCUAACACUAGACCCGGAGACUUGCCUUACCGACUUCGUGAUUGACAUAGAUCUGGCCAUGGGAGGAAUGCAUCGGGCGACAUAUCCCACGACCACCAAAUUUCGUUUCGCCCCUCAUCUGUUGAGAAAUCUGCAUAUCGAACUCCUCGAUCAUCUUGCCCUCGACGUGCCCUCUGUUGAGGACUUUCCCCGUACUCGCAAGACAAACCUCGGGCUCUGUCACGACGUCAUCGACUUUUUACUGCCAAACAACCGGAAUUUGAAUGGUGCAGGACAGAUGCGAGUGGACCGAUUACGGCCUAACUAUAUUCGUACCUCAUUCGGAAAUAGCAUCACUCAACUGGUCUGCCGCGGAGAAGACCCAAAAUAUGAAAGAGAUAUCUUCGCAACGAUCUGCCUAUCACAUUACCAAGGCGAUGAGGUCCUCGAAUCCAUCGUCGAUCUGGUACAAAAGCCCGAUGGCCUGUCCAUCACAUGCCGCGGGCAAGAAGAAGAAUUGAAUGAUGAAUGUCGUUCCAGGCCUUUUUCUUGUCAAUCUUCUCCAGCUCUGAUAUAUCUUCAUGUGGUUCUUGACACAACUUGCGAUGCCGAAUGCCGGAGAGUUGUGCUCAUGGCGCCAAAUCAUUUGCUUCUUUUUGUCCGAGAAAAUGACAAUUCAAUUUCGGUGUCCGACAUUGUCAACCGUGAUUCGGCCAAGACAAACCGACAGCGUUCGUCAGAAGUAUCCGUCCGUCAUCCGAAGGCUGCUGAGGGAUUGGAAGUCUCCGUGGAUUUGGAACACUCUUCUUUCAAGGCAGAAGGCCCUGCGGACGCCCCGGCUGACGAGAUAACAUGCGAAGUUCUCAACAAGUCGAUUGAAAAUAUCGUCAUGGCUGGGUCAUCGUCACCUCCAAGCAAAGCCAAAAGCUCGAACCCAAUCGUUCACAUCACACCGACGACUUCCACCAUCAUGGACAUCAAGUCUACUUCCUUGCUCGAUGAAUAUUCGCCUACAUUCUUCAGCACCUUUGUCGCUCUCACCAUCUGUCCCCUCUCAAAGGAAAAAGUCACUUGUGAGCCGUUGCAGAAGAACUCGACCGGAACAUCGCCUGCUCCUCCUCAACUCCACCUCAGCAAUGGCAACGUGACUCUUGACACUACCGACCUCGUCCUGAAAGCCAUAGACCCGAUCACGCAGACUGAAAUACAAUUGGGAUCACCUAACUCGACUCUUUCUUUCAUCUCGGAUUCCACGUCAGACAUCGGACCUCGUCAAUUGUCCAUCCGUCUGACGUCUACGCCUGAGGUCGGCUCAGGUCACUUUGGCGAUGUUUUCGGAGGAGAUUUAUGGGGUUGGCAGAAAGAUAAUGAAUCAAACCCCAAAUUCAAUAACAUGGUUCAUGAAAAGGGCAACAACGUGACUGUCAUCCCUCCCGGCCUCAGAACGACUCCCAUCCGCGUGGCCAUCAAGAUCUGCAUGCCCACACUUUCCAAACGAUACGCGCCAGCUCAAGCAAAGGAGGUAUUCCUACAUGAAGCCAAGAUGUAUCAAACGGCUCUCAAGCCUCUUCAAGGUAGCGUGGUACCCCGAUGCUAUGGGGUUUUCUGCGGAGCGGUGAAGCGAUAUUCCAGGCCUGGGGCAUUCAGCAUGGCGUCAAAGUCUGUUGAAAAAAAUGACUCCGAUUCUCAGUCAAUCUACAUUCUAGUUCUUGAUCGACUCGGAUUGUCAGUUUCUGAUCGUUCACCGGCAUUCCAAUGGCAGAAGAAAUUUCACGAGUAA